AUGCCUCGUUUCGAAAGUUCCUUUGAUGGUGCAGCCUUGUUCUACAAGGACUACAUCCCUUCUUUAAUUCCUGAACCGCACAAUGUGAGGGCUGAAUCUUCCAACGAGAGCCACCCAGCCCUGGUUUUCUUACACCAGUGGCCCUUGUCCUCCUCAAUGUGGGAACCGCUGAUGAUACACUUAAGCGAGAGUUAUAGAUUUCGCUGUAUUGCCCCGGAUAGACGGGGCUUCGGCAGGAGCGAGUGGAAUGGUGUGCGGCCAGAGCGCACCGAGAUCGACUAUCACGUACUUGCCAAUGAUAUUGUCGACCUUCUUGAGAAACUGGAAGUCGGCAAAUUUGUUUUCAUUGCAGCCAGCAUGGGAGGUGGCGAGUCGUUGCUGGCGUAUAUGUCAAGCAAUUACGUCCAUCAGAAUUGCCAGGGUUUCGUUUGGGUGAAUACAUCCCUUCCCUAUCCAACUGCUACGCCAGAGUUCCCCCAAGGCACGCCGAAAGAGGCAUGGGACCAGGUGAUCGACAAGAUUCGUGAGGACCGGGCGGGUUUCAUGUCAGAGGCAUUUAAAGGGCCGCUGGGCGUUGGCGAUAAUGAAGUGCCUGACAAGCUAAUGGGGCGCAUUGAGCGUAUGGCCGACGCGGCUGAUGCUCUUGCAAUUGAACGAUCUGUGCGGCUCUUCAGUGGUUAUGACUUUAGUGAGAAUUUGGCUACACUAAAUCGGGAGUCGGAGCUCCCUGUCCUACUUCUACACGGUGACUCGGAUGCUGGAACUCCUGUGGAAGUGACCGCGAGGCGUGUAGCACAGAUACUUCCACGGUCGAAGCUCAAGGUGUACCAGAAUGCAAGCCAUAUUCUUAUCAUCACUCACGCUAGCCAUAUUCUAGAGGAUAUCAUCCUGUUCAUGAAGUCGAUAUGA